CAGCAUAUAUGGUCCCUCCAAACGCUGUAUAACAUGUAUCAAUCUCCGACACCUGCUGACAGGUCGGAAGAGGACCCCCAGAAACAUAGGAAGCGUAUUUCAAGGGCCUGCGAUUCAUGUUACAAAAGAAAGAUAAAAUGUGAUGCCGCCGUGCCUCAGUGUAAUUGGUGCAGCCAUCAUGACAUCCCGUGCACCUUCAAUAGGGUCAUUACUCGGAAGCGGAAAGCCAAGACUGAUGCAAAAGGAGAGAAAGAGACGACUGGGUUGGCGGAGCGUAUUGAGCGUAUAGAAAAGUUCCUUACGGAAAACCUUCUGAAAGAGCCCACUCCUUCUGCAACACCACCUAGUGUGAAUCAUCAUGAGUCCCCUAUAGAAUCGCAUCCUUCGAGUUACACUCACGACUUUUCGAGAGAAUCGUCGACCUUCAAUGAGAAGUCAGGUUCUUCUUCGGUGCCUCUGCAUUUCGCAGGUCGUGAGUUAGGAUGCAUCAACUUGUUCACGGGCAUCCCCUUGUUACUCCCAGAGGGCAAGCAAUGGGUUCAGUCACGGACUGGACAGAACAUCUCGCUCAGCAAAUUAGUCACAUCUAACAAGCCACCAUGGGAAAGACAGCGGGCGUUAGCAUCCAAUGCGCUGGUGAUGAACCCCCAUCCCGAAAGCGCAUUCGAGCUGCCUGAUCGAACCCUCAUAGACACAUACUUCAGACUGUUCUGCAUAUCGUUUGUCAGGCGUAUAUUUCCAGUUGUGGACCCCGUUCUGUUCAAAGAAACUAUCGAAAAUGCUUAUCAGCAACCACGAACGAGGCUUCCUUAUGGGAAAGUGAGCACUAGGGCAUGUGUGCUUGCCUUUGCUGCGUUUAUCUCUUUAGUACCACCUCUUGAGUUUGAGACUGAAUUUCGAAAAUUUGCCCCUCUCAACAGUGAGGCCUAUUUCACGAGAACACAAUGCCUGGUGCCCCAGGUUUUGCAAGAGUCUGCCUCGGUGGAGGGACUGCAGGUGGUAUCCAUGAUGGCACUCUUCGAGCUUGUAACCGGCAACUUACAGUCAGCCAGCUACUACGGUUCGAUUGCAGCACGCAUGGUAUUCUUAUUGGGUGGACACACUACUAGUUCAAUGACAGAAGACCCGGAGACGCCGCAAAACGAGAUUGCCAUGAGAUCGCAGAGACAAAUUCGAUAUCUCUUCUGGCUUGGUUACACCAUCGAAAAGGAUGUGUCUCUCCGGACUGGACAGCCCCAGCUCUUCACGGAAGAAAACUGCGACUUGACAAUACCGGCCACUUAUAGCGAGAAUCUAUUCAAAUUCCCGAUCGACUGUCGGCAGAUACCUCCAGAAGACAUGCCAGAAGAUCCAGUCUAUCCAGUGGAUAUCCGCCUGAGUAUAAUCAAGGCUCGAGCCUACAACGCCCUUUACUCUUUUAAAGGUCUGAAGAAAACGGACGCCGAGAUUUUGAAGGAAAUUCGCGAACUGGACGACGAGCUCGAGAAAUGGAGACUGUCGAUACCUCUAGCAUGGCGACCUACAUUAUCCUUCGUCAAAGAGACCCCCGACCCGAAUGCCAACAUGCAUUCAGUCAUAUUACGACUAAACUAUCAUCUCUGCAUGACAAUCAUCCACCAAGCCAGUGGCAGAUGCAGGGACUGGUCCAAAGAAGAAGGUGGGAUCAUGCAUGGCGUAAACUCCAGCUUAGCUCUGUCCGUCGAAGCCAGUCGUUCAACACUACUCUAUCUCCAAGCAUCAGAACACGUCCUGAUUGACGGUACAUUCUGGACCCUCAUUUUCUACCCCAUGUCCGCCCUUCUAGCCAUAUUCUGCAACAUCCUUCAAAACCCCUCCGAUCCCCAGGCCACCAAAGAUCUUGGCCUGCUCAAAACGGCAAUGAGCAUGCUGGAAAGGAUCUUCCUGCGCCAACCGUCCUCGGUCAAUGAGAUCGUGCAUAUCAAGAUGAUUGCUGAUUAUGUGUCUGAGUUGUAUAGACUGGCUAGCUGUGCGAUUGAAAAAGCGUGGUAUGAGCGUUCUGGUUAAGGAUGGUUUCUUAUUUGGUAUUAUUUGCGCUCUAUGGGACGGGUACAAGGUAUAUACAGGUUAGAAGACUUGGCGUUUGUUGGUUGUGUUUGAAAGGGAUGACUUUCCAGGGCGUCUAGAAGGGAUUCAACAUUAGGGAUGCUACGGAUUAUUCGGUAGAUGGGUACAUCGUCUAGAUUGCAUGAAGGCCUUUUAACGCAUGUCUACUGAAGAAAAAUAUUUUUCAACGAAUAUAUUAUAUUGAUCUUAAC